GUCUAUGACGAAAUGUCAAAAUUCUAUCAAUUCCGUGUAGUUCGAUAUUUUGAUAAUUGAACAAAAAUGACCACAGCGGCCCGUCCAACCUUCGAACCAGCCCGAGGGGGCCAAGGAAGAAACGAAAAAGACUUGAGUGCCAUCUCCAGACAAUAUUCCAGCAGAGAUUUGCCAGGGCACACGAAAUUAAAAUAUAGGGAACCAGGUCAAGGAACUGUCGACGAAACUAGAACCAGAGAUUUCAGAAGGGAAUUAGAAGAACGCGAGAGAGAUAAAAGACCUGCAACCAGGACCGCAGACCAUUACAAGAAGCUCAAGCUCGAUCAAGUACCUGCUGCAAGUUUGGACGCGGAUGAUCCCCUGGACGAAGAAGACUCAGAAUCCAGCGACGACGAGGACGACACCGAAGCUCUUCUAGCCGAAUUAAAUAAGAUCAAGAAAGAACGAGCGAUGGAUCAAGCAAAAAAGGAAAUCGAAAGACGACAAGAGGAAGAAAGGAUAAGAAUGGAAAAUAUCUUAAGCGGCAACCCGUUGCUUACACAUUAUUCGUCGGGGUCUGCGAAAAGUGACCAUAAAGUUAAAAGGAGAUGGGAUGACGAUGUUGUGUUUAAGAACUGUGCUAAAUCGGAACCCGAGAAGAAGACCAAUGUGUUUAUUAAUGAUUCGUUGAGAUCAGACUUUCAUAAAAAAUUUAUGGAAAAGUAUGUUAAGUGAUUUUGUUUAUUACUAGGAUGUUAAUUGUUCGAUGAAAGGAGUUAUAGAGUUAUACGUUUCAAUAAAUAUUUCCCGAGUUUCUAAUAAAAUAGUUUUUGUAAAGCCAACAUCACAUUCAGGUGAAUUUUAUAUAAAAACCUUUCUCAUGUGCAGUGUAAAUAAAGGACUUCUUUUUGAAACUGCGAUUGCGAUAAUUUGACGUGUAGGAUCACACAUUUGAAAAGUAAAUAGAUUUAUGUUAAAAAAUGUUUGGCAAAAGAUACUAAAUUUUAUGUUUGGGUCCUGAUUGCUUGUGCUAAGCAUUUAAAAAUGGAGAGCCAAGACGAGAAUGAAAUCAAUUAUUUCUUUAAAAUUUAAAAAUAGCUGGUUUCAUAUUGUAAUUCCUAAAAUUUUGGUUUUCAUGUUUUUUUUAGCUUCUGUGAACA